UGGGUGAAGGUAUAUCAUGUCCAUACCCCCUUCAACCCUCCUUCUCUCCCACAUCCCUCCAAUAACUACUCUGUGUCUCAGUCUCAGGGCAAACCAGUGUACACCAGUGGAGGAGGUGGUAUUGGAGGAGGUGGUGAAGCUCCUCCUCAGAGGUUUGUGAGUUAUGACGAAGAACUGGGCCGCUCAGAGGGCAUGACCACUACUUCCUGUCAACAACAGGUGAUGACGAACGUCACCUAUAAAGUCGGAGCCUUCGCCUGGCUAUCGUACCUCUUCAUCCUCUGUGGGUUUGGUAGUGGCUGCUGUCUGAUCCCGUUCUUGAAACACUUUAAGGAUGUGUACCACUCCUGUCCUCGCUGUAACCGCAUUAUCCACGUGGAAAAGCCACGCUGCUGCUACCGCAUGCCACACCCGCCACUAGGGGAGCUGCUGCUGACCGCCAUACCACCACCCGCCACUAGGGGAGCUGCUGCUGACCGCCAUACCACCACCCACCACUAGGGGAGCUGCUGCUGACCGCCAUACCACCACCCACCACUAGGGAGCUGCUGCUGACCGCCAUAACAACACCCACCACUAGGGAGCUGCUGCUGACUGCCAAUAUGCUUUAAUACCAGCAGGAGCUGUGGCUCUGCUCUCAGUCUGACCACUGGCCACUCUCUCAGUCUGGGCUGGAUUCCAUUAGAAAGCGCAUCAGUACAGUGAAAUGCCUUUCUCACAGGAAACAUGCUCCCUUUCCCUCAUGCACCCACAGCUCGGUGGAGGAAUUGGAGAGUGGUUAUAUUUAUCCAGCCCCAUCCCUCAGCUGUUACCAAUGCAGUGGCGGGGUCAGGGUGACCGUUUGGUAGUUCUUUGAAUUGCAGAUUGCCCUUUAAAAUGUGGGUUUCAAUACUGCUCUUAUCUACACUCUUUCAUAACAGCGAGGGGAGAGGAAAAGGGGGGAUGUUUUCAGAAUGGAAUCAGCCGAAGAAGGGAGAGACCCCCUAGCAGCAGCCCCACAGAAACCUACAGGAUUACACAGUCAUAGGAUGAAUCCCAAAAUGGCACCCUACUCCCUAUAUAGUGCACUACYUUCGAGAGGGAGCUAGUACAAAGUAGUGCACUACAUAGGGAAUAGGUUACAAUUUGGUACGCACAUUAGUUUAAAUGCUGACCUAAUUUACUGUACCAGAGGGUUGUAAAUAGUAUYAAUCUGUAAACUAUUUUUUGUAAAAUUAAAAUAAAAACAAGCUAGCAGAUGAAGAUGUGGUAGAGCUCAACCUGGACCUUGUUCACAGAGGGAGCAGGGAUGCACAAUAACCUUCCCAGGUUUCCCACAAACCCAGGUUGGUAAAUGUAUACAUUACUAUCUAUAUUCCCUUGAAUAAGGCCCUGGGUUGAUCAACCGACAGACAUGAUUCCCUGGUAAAUGUAUACAUUACUAUCUAUAUUCCCUUGACUAAUGCCCUGGGUUGACCAACCGACAGACAACGAGCCCAAUAUUCAGAUAAUUAUCAUUAUAACUAUGAUUCCUACAAUCGGGCGUCAUUUAGGGCCCUCCCCAGGUCUUCCCCCUUUUCACAAAGCUGUUAUGUACAUAAAGGACUGGGUGUUUUACCUUAUUUUAGAAUAAACCAAAUUUGAUUUUAUUGAUAAAACUCAUCAGCCUGUCAACUACAAUGACGUGCAACAUCAUACAGCUAACCUGAUGGAGUUCUGUUAUAUUGUGUAACACCACACAGCUGACCUGAUGGAGUUCUGUUAUAUUGUGUAACACCACACAGCUAACCUGAUGGAGUUCUGUUAUAUUGUGUAACACCACACAGCUGACCUGAUGGAGUUCUGUUAUAUUGUGUAACCACACAGCUAACCUGAUGGAGUUCUGUUAUAUUGUGUAACACCACACAGCUGACGAGACAUGGAGUACUGUUAUAUUGGUGUAACACCACACAGCUGACCUGAUGGAGUUCUGUUAUAUUAAUGU